AUGUCUGGGGCUAACCCAAGUGAUCUGCUAUACACAAAAUGGCAAGAAACGGCGACAGUGGUUUUGAUGCCAAUCUUGUUGGCGUUUGGUUUAAUCACAAACUUCUCUUUCAUAUUCAUGGUAUAUCGAGUACCAGACAUGCGAAUUACCAUUAAUAUGUAUCUCAUGAGCCUUGCGGUAGCCGAUGCAUCUCUUUUAAUCUGUAGCAUCAGCGAUAAGCUUCUUCGUCACGGCACAUCUCCAUCGUUUGGGGAUGACGGAAACCGUGGCACUGCAGGUUGCAUACUAAUAGCAUUUUUCAUCAAUACCUCGCUAAUUGCGUCAGAACUGCACAUACUGAUAUUAGCUGUUGAGCGAUAUUACAGUGUCUGUUGGCCACUGGAAGCUCACAUUAAUCCACGAAAAAGAGCUGUUCGUCUUCUUACAGCUAUCUGGUUGGUGUCUGCGACAAUUUCAAUCAGCUUUACGCCUGCAUUUGCCAAUUAUAGGCUUUACUGUCUACUUUAUUGGGACAGCAAAUAUGUAAAUCCUCCAGAGACGUUUGGAGUCUGUCUGACUGUUUCAUUCACAGAAGACACGAGUGAUAUUGAUGGUGCGAUUGUUUACUAUCAAAUUAUGCAAUCGUCUGCGUUUUUUACAUCAGUAAUAGUAAGCAACUUUUUGUACGCGAUGAUUUUACGCCGCUUGAGUAGAGUUAGUGAGUCUCUAGAAAAUCGUGGGAUGGUGCAGACGAUACAUUACCGAAAUGGACAGAUAAGACAACGCCUCAAUCGCAUGCUUUGCUUCAAUAGUUUGGUGUUUUUCGUCCUCUUGGCACCAUUCAAUAUCAACUCGUUAUUUUACUUUGUGUCGUACCUUAAUGAUCACAAGAAACUCGUAGAGCCACACAUAACGGCCAUAUUAGACACGGCAUUUCGUCUUCUAGGAUAUGUCAAUUCCGGUAUCAAUCCACUGGUCUACGGUGCUUCCAACCCAAGGUAUCGAAAGGCCUUUGUGGCUGCGUGGUCAUCUAGGACAUUGUCUAAAAGCAGAACUCUAGUUGUACGUAAUUAG